AUGAAGCGGAUGCAAGAUGAGAUGGAUCGGAAGCUGGAAGUCCACCUAAUAGCCCUCGAGCGUGAGAAAGGUCUCGACCUAGCCAUGACAACUGACACCCUACCGUUCACUAGACACAUCCUUGAAUUCAAACUCUCAAAGUAUUUCAAACAACCUCGGAUGCCACUCUAUGAUGGGAUCAUCAACCCGGUGGACUUCUUGAACGACUUCAGUUAUUGGAUGAAUGUGAAAGAUGCUGGAGAUGCCAUGAAAUGUUGA